AACAGCUUAACCACUGUAUUUCAUAUCGGGCCCAUCUAUUUCCGAGUUUCACCGAAAAACCCUUUCUUUUUCAGUUUUCCACCUCAAUCAAAAUCGACUUCAAUCAAAAGCUCGAAACUUUCACUGAAAGAUCGGAAUUUAUGUUCAGAACUUGCUGUUAUCUCACAAAAUUUGCACACCUUUCUCCUCUGUAUCCUCAUUUUCAUCAGUGGAAGCAUUCCUUCAGAUUUCAACAUUCCGUUCGCCGAUUCAACCCCAGAAAACCAACCCAGAAGAAAGCUCCCAGAAACUUGAAGAAAGGAGCCAAAUUUACUGAUAUCCAAAAUGUAGAAGCCAAGGUUUACAUGAGGGACACCAUAUCAAACAUUUACAAAAUCCUCAAGUACUCCACCUGGGACUCUGCUGAACAACAGCUCAGACAGUUCCCCAUCAAAUGGGAUUCUUUCACUGUCAAUCAGGUUCUGAAAACUCACCCACCAAUGGAAAAGGCAUGGCUGUUCUUCUACUGGGCAUCGAAAAUUAAAGGGUUUAAACACGACCAAUUCACUUACACAACGAUGCUGGAUAUAUUUGGAGAAGCCGGGAGGAUUUCGUCGAUGAAGUAUGUUUUCCAACAGAUGCAAGAGAAGGGCAUAACAAUUGAUGCAGUCACUUAUACUUCUGUUAUGCAUUGGGUUUCUAGGGGAGGAGAUGUUGACGGGGCGGUUGAAGUGUGGGAGGAAAUGAGAGAGAAGGGGUGCGAGCCUACUGUUGUUUCUUAUACGGCUUACAUGAAGAUUUUGUUUGAUAAUAAGAGAAUUAAGGAGGCCACUGAUUUGUACAAGGAGAUGCUUCAAUCUGGGAUUUCUCCUAAUUGCCACACUUAUACCGUGCUAAUGGAGCAUCUUAUUGACGCUGGCAAGUACAACCAAGCACUUGAUAUUUUCAACAAGAUGCAAGAAGCUGGAGUUAAGCCUGAUAAAGCUGCUUGUAAUGUUUUGAUUGAGAAAAGUUGCAAAGCAAGGGAAACUGGGGCAAUAACCCAGAUUCUUCAGUAUAUGAAAGAACACUUCCUUGUCCUUAGAUACCCCAUAUUUCUUGAAGCUCUCAAAACUUUAAAUGCUGCCGGUGAGAGUGAUCUUCUCCUAAGGCAAGUUCAUCCUCAUAUUUCUGUUGAACGUGUUAGUGAUGAGAAGGAAGUUGAGGUUAUAAGAAAUGGAUCUGAAGUUACUUUAAGUUUAGAAAGAGAACUUGUAUUGCUUCUAUUGAAAAAGAAAAAUCUUCUUGCUGUUGACCAUUUGCUUGCUGCAUUAGGUGAUAAAAAUAAACAGCUGGAUCCUGCAAUUAUUUCAACUAUCAUUGAGGCAAACAGUAACCAUUGCAGGCUAGAUGGUGCAUUAUCAGCCUUCAACUAUAGUGUAAAGAUGAGCAUUAUCCUUGAGAGAACAGCAUUUCUAGCCUUGAUUGGCAUUUUAAUAAGAUCAAAUACAUUUACUAGUGUAGUGUCGAUUGUUGAGGAAAUGGUUAGGGCUGGUUAUUCUCUGGGAGUGUAUCUGGGUUCACUAUUAAUCUACAGGCUUGGAUGUGCCAGAAGGCCAACUUGUGCUGCUAAGGUUUUUAAUUUAUUGCCUGAUGAUCAGAAGUGUGUUGCCACUUAUACUGCUUUGAUAGGUGUUUACUUCUCUGCUGGGAGUGCUGAUAAAGGAAUCAAAAUUUACAAAACCAUGCGAAGGAAAGGGAUUCAUCCCUCUUUGGGCACAUACAAUAUUAUACUAGCUGGUCUCGAGAAACUUGGAAGAGUUUCUAAAGUAGAAACUUACAGGAAGGAAAAGAAGAAUCUGCAGAAAGAGGCUUUUUUCCGUGAAACUGUUUCCAUGAAUGAGAAAAUUUGUGAUCUUCUAUUUGCUGGGGAUGUCAUAUCUUGACAGUCUGGUAUAGACUGUCAGCAUAUCCACAUUCUUGGGAUAGUGCAAGGACAGACAAUUUGGGUGGCAGAUUGGCAUGGAGUGUAAAUUAGCUGGCAGGACGAAACUCAUUCUUUUUCUCGUGCAGAUGGGAUUGUUUAUCUUGACAACCUAGACAUGCAGAACAACAUCUCAUGCCUGAAAUACUGGAAGUUAAAAGGAAGGAAUUUCAUAAUAUUUGUCAUUAUUCAACAUGCAGGGGCCAAAAUUUUGUCUGUGGAGAACUUUUUACAUGGCUUGAUGCUUUUAAACCAUGGAUCCAAGGUAAUGUAUGUUUUUUGUAUCUAAGAAGUCCACUAAGUUCAUUAUUUGCUCUGCCUAAUUGCUGGGGCAGACACCUGAAUGCU